AUGAAGACUUUGUUGCCUGGGUCUCGUGAAUUCGACGUGGUGUGCCCCUUUUCACUUGGCAAGCUGGUGCUGAUAGAGCUGGACAAACAGCCCCUCCCACUCUUCCCCCUGGAUGCCUGGUUCCCAUCCAAGGUUGUUGUGACGACACCAGAGAGAGGCACAUGCCAGUUCCCUGUCUACUGUUGGAUUAUGGACAAGGAAGUGCACCUGUUCAGAGAGGGCACAGCUAAAAGGCUCUGUGAUGAAACUAAUCAUCUUGCCAGGUACAGCAGGGAACUGGAGAUGAAGACGAGAACUGAGCUGUACUGCUGGGAUACCUACAAGGAGGGUUUCCCCGGCAGCAUGAAGGCAGACAACCCUCUGGAUCUUCCCAGCGAGAUCCAAUUCUCGUUCACCAAGGCCACCCAGUUCCUCUUCACCGCCGCCACCGGGAUCACUGAGCUGAAACUAAUGGGGUAUUCUGACAGCAAGAAGAGCUGGAAAAACAUUGAUGAAAUCAGCAAUGUCUGCCUCAAUAGAACUGUCAUCUCAGACUACGCACAGGAGCACUGGAAGGAAGAUGAGUUUUUCGGGUACCAGUAUCUGAACGGCUGCAACCCCAUUUUGAUCCGUCGCUGCUCGGAGUUGCCGGCAAAAUUCCCCGUCACAGGAGACAUGGUCAAGCCCUCUCUUCGUGGAUCGUCCAGCCUCCUAAAGGAAUUGCAGAGCGGCAACAUAUUCCUGCUUGACUACAAGAACCUGGAUGGAUUAAAGGCAAACGUGAUCCAUACGAAAAAACAGUACAUGGCGGCUCCUCUGGUUCUGCUCUACAGAACCCCUGAUGACAAGCUGGUUCCCAUCGCCAUCCAGCUGAAGCAGGAGCCUGGAGAAGACAACCCCAUCUUCCUUCCUACUGACUCUGAGUAUGACUGGCUCCUGGCCAAGAUCUUUGUGAGGAGCGCUGACUUUGCAGAACAUGAGCUGAACUUUCACCUGCUGAGGACUCACCUGCUGGCUGAGGUGUUCGCCAUGUCGACACUGCGUAACCUACCAAUGGUGCAUCCCAUCUACAAGCUCCUGAUCUCUCACUUCCGCUACACUCUGCAGAUCAACACUCUAGCUAGACAGGCCCUCAUAUCAGAGAAUGGGCUGUUCACAGAGAAUGCCAGUGUCGGAGGUCCAGGGAUGGUUGAGUUCCUGAAGAAAGCUGUGGCCUCAUUGACCUACAGCUCCCUCUGUAUGCCGGAGGACAUCACAGCACGUGGUCUGGAGUCAAUCCCCAACUUCCUCUACAGGGAUGAUGGACUCAGGUUGUGGGACAUCGUUCACAGGUUUGUUCACAAUGUGAUUGGUCACUACUACACCUGUGACUCAGAUGUCCAGAAGGACUCUGAACUGCAGAACUGGAUCAAGGAGAUCUUCUUCCAUGGGUUCCUGGCAGAAACCAGCACAGGAAUCCCUCAGUCUUUCAGUUCAGUGACAGAGCUGGUCAGGUUUCUCACCAUGGUGAUCUUCACAGUGUCUGUCCAACAUGCUGCAGUCAACAAUGGACAGUUUGAUUUUGGGGGCUGGAUGCCCAACUUCCCCAUCAGUCUGCAACUACCACCUCCCACCACUAAGGGGCAGUGUACUGAGAGCACCAUGCUGAAGACCUUCCCUGACAUCAACACCACCGUUAAUGGCAUGGCAGCGGUGUACCUUCUGAGCAGGCAGUCCACUGACUAUGUCGCUCUUGGAAAUGGCUAUCAGGAUCACUUCAGCGAGAAGACCCCUCUGGAACUGAUUCACGAAACUCAAAAUGUGCUGAAGAAAUACAAUUUUGAAAUCCAAGGCAGGAAUGUCUCUUUGCCCCUGUCAUAUACCUACCUGAAUCCCAACAAUGUGGAGAACAGUGUGGCCCUGUAAAAUGGGUUGGUCGUAUUUAUUAGGCACCAAAUGGAAGAAAUGCACAGACACAGAGAGAGAGACUACCUGGACUUGUCCAAUAAGAACCACUUGUUUUCAUUUUCCAUUGAAGCGUGUUUUACAACCUUUUUCUACAGUGUGCCCUAAUAAAUGCAACCUAAGUAAUUGACUUUGGUUCAAUUGUUAGAUACAUGUUGCACUUGAACUAGAACUUGAACUGAAACAAAAAUAUUAUAAACAAUAUUUUACUUAACCCUUCUAUUUUGUUAGAAAAGGCUAUACACGAUUGAUGUUCUGAUCCAAUUUGGAAAUUACAUUAAGUACAGUUUCGCAUAUCAAAAUGUGGCUGCGAAUGGGAUUUUUCCCAGACCUUUUCUUCUAAAAACAAUGUAGGUGUCCUUCCCUUCACAUUUCUCACUGUCAAUCAAGAAUGAUAACUCUUCAAGUUUUACCGGUGAAACAUCCAUGCAGUAUCUGCAUACCAACCAUUUAAUCUCAAUCAGUUUGAUCUUCUUGAGUUAUACAGUGUUUCAAACUAUCCUACAGUGUUGUAUUGAAUGAUGUAAAUUGUGUGAAUUGUGGAGCAGAUAGUGUUAACAAGUUUGCCUAGUGGACCUAUUAAGUGUUGGCCACAUGAGAGAAAAAUGCACUGGUGUUUUUGUCUUACAGUAAUGUAAUGCUAUGCUAUUAUAGUCGGUUCAUUAUGUGAUCUUACAGACAUUGAUUCAGCUUUGAUCCAUCUUUAUUAAACAGCACCAUUAGCCAGAGUAGCCUGUUCUCUAAGAGCAGAGCAAGGACUGUAGUAAAGUAGAGAAUAAACACAUGCACAGAAUGUGAUGAGCAGAAGCUUCAGGAUCUUUAGUCAGGAGAAUAAAAGUUCAGGGAAAAGUCAGAUUGUCAGCAACUCCGUUUUAUUUAACAUGAAGCAGCUCGUUUCUAGGACACAUCGAUCAAGAGUUAUAAAGGUCAAAGUGCGGGUCAAAUGUACCCAGAACAUUGUAGAUGUCUCGUUUUUUGUUGUUGUACUGGGUUGUAUUUUUACAAGUUCAUUACCACUACCUAGACAAGUAGAUGAAGGGUCAAAGGGCAACAAAUAUUUUUGUGAUUUCAAUCAAAAUAUUCCGGUUAACUUAAGUUUAAACUUAUGUUUUUUGGGUAGCCUAGCGGUUAGACCGUUGGGCAAGUAACCGAAAGGUUGCUGGAUCGAAUCCCCAAGCUGACAACGUAAAAAUCUGUCGUUCUGCCCCUGAACACUGUCAUUGUAAAUAAGAAUUUCUUCUUAACGGACUUACCUAGUUAAAUAAAGAUUUUAAAAAAUAACUUCUGACUUCUGUAUCAUCAUCAUACACUUUGGUCUAGUGUGGCAGAAUCAGUAGAGUGAACCUUAAAAUAGCCAUCAACUCCAAUCCCCUAGGGUCAUUGCUAUCCAAUUAGGAUCAGAGAUGGAAGUGGGAGCGAGAGACACCACUCGCUGUUUUUUUCUGGAUCAAUGAAAGUCAAGGAACUAAGUAGACCAGACUCAGCUGUUAUUGCAUUGGUGUCCAAGUUAAGUAGACCUGAACUGACGAAAAUAAAUAAAGGAAACUAAGUGAACUGUC